AUGCUGUCCCCAACCGUGCUCAGUGCCUACGCUUUUGUGGGAGUUAUUGCCGCAGUCCUACUCAAUGUCACCCGCCAGGUUCUCUUUCGCAACAAGAAUGAGCCUCCAAUGGUCUUUCACUGGGUUCCAUUUGUGGGCAGCACGCUUAGCUAUGGAAUGAACCCAUACAAGUUCUUUUUCUCGUGCAGAGAAAAGUAUGGCGACAUUUUCACCUUCAUCAUGCUCGGGAAGAAGAUGACGGUAUACAUGGGCGUCAAGGGCAACGACUUCAUUCUCAAUGGAAAGCUCAAAGACCUCAACGCGGAGGAGGUCUACGGACCGCUUACAACACCCGUCUUCGGAUCCGACGUCGUCUACGAUUGCCCUAAUUCGAAGCUCAUGGAGCAGAAGAAGUUCAUAAAGUUCGGCCUAUCACAAAGCGCGCUUGAAUCGCAUGUCCCUUUGAUCGAAAAGGAGGUUCUGGACUAUCUCAAGACAUCUCCACGAUUCAAGGGAAAUUCUGGUGUCCUUGACGCCCCUGCUGCCAUGGCCGAGCUCACAAUUUACACUGCUGGGAGCGCACUACAAGGGAAGGAAGUCCGCAAGAAGCUUACCGCGGAGUUCGCCGAUCUGUUCCAUGACUUGGAAAUGGGAUUUACUCCAAUCAACUUUAUCCUCCCAUGGGCACCGCUUCCUCAGAACCGCAAACGUGACAUUGCCCACGCACGCAUGCGAGAAACCUACAUGGAGAUUAUUAACCAACGACGCAAGAACCCAGACGCACAAGAGCAAGACAUGAUUUGGAAUCUGAUGCACUGCACGUAUAAAAACGGAAACCCUGUACCAGACAAGGAGAUUGCCCACAUUAUGAUUACGCUUCUCAUGGCCGGCCAGCACUCAUCUUCGUCAAUCAGCGCGUGGAUCCUGCUACGACUGGCCUCGGAGCCUCGAAUCCUGGAAGAGCUCUACCAAGAGCAGCUCGACAACCUCAAGCAUGACCCGCGCACCGGCCUCUUUGAGCCCCUACAGUACAAAGACCUUGAUCUUCUCCCGUUGCAUCAGAACGUCAUCAAGGAGACUCUCCGCGUCCACCUGUCCAUCCACUCCAUCCUCCGCAAGGUGAAGAACCCAAUACCUGUCCCCGGCACAUCCUACGUCAUCCCAACCAGUCAUACUCUCCUGGCAUCACCUGGCGCAACAGCGCUCGACGACGAGUACUUUCCCAACGCGAACGUCUGGGAUCCACAUCGCUGGGAGAGCCAGCGGCCCGACAAAGACGACGAGGAGGGUGAGCUAAUCGACUAUGGCUAUGGCGCGGUGUCUAAGCGUAUGAACAGCCCGUAUCUGCCAUUCGGCGGCGGUCGACACCGAUGCAUUGGUGAGAAGUUUGCCUACGUCAAUCUGGGGGUUAUUGUCGCGACGAUCGUGCGUAACCUGAAGCUCUACAAUGUGGAUGGAGAAACAGGAGUCCCUGCGACUGACUACUCGUCGAUGUUCAUGGGGCCUACGAAGCCGGCUGUUGUUGGCUGGGAGCGGCGCUUUCCUGAGCGUUCAUAG